AUGGCUUUUCAGUCCCAACCCAAAACUUUCCUUACCUUAAUUGUGUUUUCAUUCUUCAGCAUCAUUGUUUAUGCUGCUGUUCCUAAGAAUGAGACUUUCAAAUUUCAGAACUCAGGUGAUCUUGGAGAGUUCAUUGUUGAGUACGGUGCUGAUUAUCGGAUGAUAAGCAUAUUCAACUCUCCCUUCCAAGUUGGUUUCUACAACACCACCCCAAACGCCUUCACUCUAGCGCUGCGCGUGGGGCUUCAACGCUCAGAGCAGCUGUUUCGCUGGGUUUGGGAGGCCAAUAGGGGCAACCCAGUUGGAGAAAACGCCACUUUUUCACUUGGGACUGAUGGGAACCUUGUGCUAGCAGAUGCUGAUGGGAGAAUUGCAUGGCAAACCAACACUGCUAACAAGGGUGUUGUGGCCUUUAGGUUGCUUCCAAAUGGUAACAUGGUCCUCAUUGAUGCCCAAGGUAAGUUCGUUUGGCAAAGUUUUGAUCACCCCACAGAUACCCUUUUGGUUGGUCAGUACCUUAGAGCAAAAGGGCCAUCGAGGUUGGUUAGUAGGCUUUCAGAGAAGGAAAAUGUAGAAGGACCUUAUAGCUUGGUUUUGGAGCCCAAAGCUAAAGGUUUGAGCUUGUACUACAAAAGCAAGAACUCUCCUAAACCAACUCUAUACUGGUUUUCAUCUGAUUGGUUCUUCAUCCAAAAAGGGUCCUUGGAAAAUGUCACCCUCACAUCUGAUUCCGAGAGUUUCGACAUUGGAUUUGAUUACCAAGUGGCGAAUUCUUCCAGCGGUGGCAACGUGAUCAUUGGCAGGCCAGUGAACAACAGCACCUUGACAUACCUCAGGCUUGGAAUUGAUGGCAACAUUAGGCUGCACACUUACUUCCUCGACGUGCGUGAUGGUGUUUGGAAAGUUACGUACACUCUCUUUGAUAGAGAUUCCGGUGAGAGCGAAUGCCAAUUGCCUGAGAAAUGUGGAAAGUUAGGGCUAUGUGAAGAUAACCAAUGUGUGGCUUGCCCAUUAGAAAAUGGAUCUUUUGGGUGGAGCAAUAACUGCGUGCCGAACGCUGUGACGCCAUGCAAGGCGAGUGAGUUUCACUACUACAAACUUGAAGGGGUUCAGCAUUACACCAGCAAAUACAACACAGGGGAUAGAGUAAGUGAAAGUACCUGCGGAAACAAAUGUACCAAGGAUUGCAAGUGUGUCGGCUAUUUCUACAACGGGGAGAACUCCAGAUGUUGGAUCGCUUAUGAUCUUCAAACCCUUACUAGAGUCACUGAUUCCUCACAUGUUGGAUACAUCAAGGUGCCUAAUUCUGGAGCUACUGCAAUGUCGCAAUCUGUGUACUUUAACUAAUCCCAAUAAUGGUUUCACAUGUUGGAUAUAAUGUUUGUUGCAGGAGAAUAUCGAUGUGUAAUCAGUUAAGAUGUUUGCAACUAAUAACUUAUGGUUGAU